ACUGUGCCAGAGAGGAAGAGAGAGAGCGAGCGAGAGCAGAGAGAGAGCCUGACUGAAACCCCAUAAUGCACCGCACGCUGCAGGGCUGAAGUCGUGCAGAUUCAUCAGUUCCUGUUCAAGGGGUUGUCUGUGAGCGCACACGCACUCAUACACCCAGACCGAAGCAAGAAAAUACACGGACGUCCAGGCAGAGAGAAGUGCCUUCAUUCGCUGACCCCUGUGGCUGUUUGGCUCCGCUGAAGCCGCGUGUGCCUCUGCGCCUGUCCAUGUCUGCUGGAGCUGCCAGCCACACCACGAGCACCAGGACUGCCAUGAUUGCCAGCCUCGUCCGCUGAGGCUGUCUCCACAUUACUGACACCUCCCUCCUCCCCUCCAUCUCUUCCUCUGUCUGCCAGCCAGACCUCUCUCCACCCAUGCUACUCAGCCCUCCUCUGUGGAAGUCAAACACGCCACCUUUCUCCGCAGACAGAGGCCGAUACUGAAGACACAGCGUUUUUAUCGGCUCGUUUUAGCAGAAGAAGAUUGUCUCUUUGCUCUCCCCUCCACCGGCCCCUCUCCCCCUCCUCCUCCUCUCCUGCUUUCUUCUCUCCUCCAGCCAUGCAUCUUUUCAUCAUGGGCCAACUCGAUCGAUAAUGUGUUUUGCCAUUCAUCUCACCUGACAGUUCAGCUGAGGAGCAAGCAAGGCACAGGGAGAACUGGUGUGCAUGGUGUGGGUGUUUGAAAGAGAGCGAUUACAAAGCAGGUCUCUCUGGCCGUCAGCAGCCUAAGCCCUGGGUGACAGGUGCUGAAGGAGCCCCAAACAAACUCUUAGGAUGGGCCACAGGUGGUAGACGACAGCAAGGCCUCUUAGGCUUAAAUUCAGAGUCAAACCCUGGGGAGAAAACCUGUAAAGUCUGCCUUUUUCCCAUGUCCUUUAUCUGUACUUUCUCAUCAUUUUCCUCAGUGUUAUUAGAAACAUACAGAAAUAGACAUAACUGCAUUUGCUGGAUAUCUAUUACUCUUAAUCGACCCCUCCUUCCUGGUUUAAAAUGGCGGUGAAUGUGACACCGAUCCGGGACACAAAGUGGCUGACACUGGAGGUUUGUCGGGAAUUCCAGAGAGGAACUUGUUCACGACCAGACAGUGAGUGCAAGUUCGCCCACCCCGCCAAGAGCUGUCAAGUGGAAAAUGGCAGAGUCAUUGCCUGUUUUGACUCUCUCAAGGGCCGCUGUUCCAGAGAGAACUGUAAGUACCUGCAUCCUCCUCCUCACCUAAAGACCCAGCUGGAGAUCAAUGGAAGAAACAACCUCAUCCAACAGAAAAACAUGGCCAUGCUGGCCCAGCAGAUGCAGCUCGCUAAUGCCAUGAUGCCCGGCACACAGCUACAACCAGUGCCCAUGUUUUCAGUCACACCCAGCCUUGCAACCAAUGCCAAUGCUGCUGCAGCAGCGGCUGCUGCAUUUAACCCCUACCUUGGCCCUGUGUCGCCCGGCCUGAUGCCCGCUGACAUCUUGCCCAGUGCCCCCGUACUGGUCACCAGCAACCCCAGCGUUCCCAUACCUGCUGCUGCUGCUGCCGCCGCUGCUGCACAGAAACUCAUGAGGACAGACAGACUGGAGGUAUGCCGGGAAUAUCAGAGGGGUAACUGCACGCGUGGGGAGAACGACUGUCGCUUUGCCCAUCCUGCAGAUAGCACCAUGAUCGACACCAACGACAACACAGUCACCGUGUGUAUGGACUACAUAAAGGGCCGCUGCUCGAGGGAGAAGUGCAAGUACUUUCACCCUCCGGCUCACCUGCAGGCCAAAAUCAAAGCCGCCCAACACCAAGUCAACCAAGCUGCAGCUGCUGCAGCCAUGGGGCUCCCUCCCGUCUUGCCUCCUUUACCAAAGAGACCUGCACUUGAAAAAGCCAACGGUGCCACCACUAUGUUCAAUGCUGGUGUAUUCCCGUACCAACAGGCCCUGGCCAACAUGCAGUUUCAGCAGCAGGCUGCCUUCAUACCAUCAGGCUCGAUAUUGUGCAUGACACCUGCAACAAGUGUUGUACCCAUGAUGCACGGUGCUACCCCAGCCACUGUGUCUGCAGCCACCACAUCUGCCACAAGUGUUCCCUUUGCAACAGCAACAGCCAAUCAGAUUCCAAUAAUAUCUGCAGACCAUCUGACUAGUCACAAGUAUGUGACCCAGAUGUAGAAGUCUCAGAACAAUGGAGCUGCAGCGUGCUGGUGUCAAGUCCAAGAUUAGUGGUCACCCUUCAUGCUCGUAACAUCAGGAGCGAAACGGAGGACCGAACUGGUUUGGAAUAAAUCUGCAUGUUAACAUAGGAGGCACAGUUUGUUAGAAGCGUUUUCAUGUGUACUUCAUGCACACUAUUACACAACAAGAGAAAAGAACAACAUCGCAUCAAAGACUGCCUUGCGUUCUGUAGAGGCAACUGACCUUUAUUCACCAGACACACUUUGAAUGUUAACAUAAGGUAAAUGUGUGGAGCAGUCGCUGAACACGUCGACUGAAUCGGUACGUCUGCUGACCAAGAAUCAUGACUUACGUUGUGCGUGUUUAUUCAUCGGUUGUUGGUCUUUUGUUUACACAAAGGUGCACCUUGUAUUUCAUUUGAGGAAAAACGAAACAAAUAAUCUGACUGAAUCACAUAUGCAUGCACAAUGAUUUUGUUAAUGAUUUGAUUUUGUUAAACCUGAUAUAAGGGAAAUUACAUGAGUGCACUCAGAGGCAAAAUAGCAACUGAAUGUCUGUGAGGUGUCUUUCAAACCUUUGUAGCCUACCUUUCUAUCUCUUAAGCACAUGUCUUUAAUGUUGCAGGCCUCCCUGUAAAGUGCCAUACAUCUCAAACUACAUGAAUGGUAUAGAAGCAGUGUUACAAAGUGUUGCAACUCAACGACUCCCUUUAAUACGUCUCUUUUCUCUUUUGGACAGCAUGAAGUGUCCAAUGUCAUAGCCCGUCAUUGUUUGUGAUUCCCUAAGAGCACCAUCGCCCCAUUGAUUAGAUGACCGUCCCCGGAUCGUGUGCUUUACAUAAAUCUUCUACUGAAUGAUUAGCUUUUCAUUUUAUUUUCUUCAACUUUGUUGUUGAUGUCAGUUGUUUAGACGUGAAAUGUCUUGACUCGUAAUCCGAGCUCUGUGCGGCCAUUAAGUCUGUUGACUCUAAACGUCAGACGAGUAGACUGUGAGAUCUCAGCCUGGGUGAGAGACCAAAGAAGCUCUCUCAGCGAUGAAACUGUUAUGAUGACACCACAGGGUCAGGAUCAGAUGAUGUCCACGCUGCUGUGAGACAGAAGUCAAAAUCUACAGUGCGACUGGCAAAUACGCGACCUGUACGACCCGAUUUGUUUUUCAUUGGUAUCGUUAUUCAUAUUUUAAGACAGGUUAAAGUAAAUUCAGUGUAGUGUAUAUAAAGUCAGACAUAUUUAAGAGUAUUUGUUCUUAUGUCUACCUGAGAACUGUUUUUCAGAUAGUCAGCCAAAGUCUUUUCGUGUCACUGUUGUUAGGUGUUGUGGAUAGACUAGUGGGGCUAAAUUCUUAAAAAUAUGUAGCCCAAAGAAGGAUCGAGUGUUUGGAGUAGAUCUCUAGAACUCUUUAUGUUAUUUUAUUUUUUAAUAUUCUGGGUGUUUUUUCAGGCAUAGUCAAUUGGUGGAAAGUACAGGGAAAGUGGCAAGAAUAUAAACGAUUGUAUAACUCAUCCAAAGCCUUAGAAUGUAUUAUCGGGUCAGCACAAUGCAACAUGCCAUUUUGAACCAUCCAGUUGCCUAAUCCACGCCAUAUUAACACACAGCGAGAGCACUAUGUAACUGUCACUUUUUUUGUCUGUGUUUUCUUAACUCUCUUGUGGUUUUCUUUGUUAGACAACAACAAUUGUUUGAUUUUUUUGUUUGGAUGAUUUUUUUUGAUAUUAGUUCAGUUUUUCAGUUUGGCUUAUUAUAUUUAUCUUUCUUAUAAUGAAUAUAAGGUACAGUGUGUGUGUUUGCGUGUUCCUCAUGCACAGUUCCCUGAAAUUCCAUGUAAUGUUAAUUUUCGUAUGAUUACAAUUGUAAACUCAAUAUUUUCUACGUUAUGCAUAUUGUUGAACUGUAUGCAUAUUGUUCAUUUCGCUAGUCUUUUUUUUUUGUCUUCUUUGAACAAAGAUGUUUUAUAUGAGUAUCUAAAAGUAAUGAAAUAAUAGAACAGAGAGGCCCAGGUUGUCGCUGUGGCAACCGUCGCCAAUAAACGAGUAAUAUUUUAACGAUUGUAAGGUUUGUAACUAGUCAUAUAAGAAAAAAAAAAGACUAUUAUAAAAAUCUAGUUCUUAGAUGUUUAGAGUAAAGAUGUUAUUUUCUACUGUAUCCAUUUCAAAUAGUAACUAUUGUUUUAAUGUUUUUACUCUCCCUGGAAAUUGGGCCAUGUUGGAAAACAAGCUGCAUAUUUGAUCACUUUUGGGGGCGUUGCUGGCGGGGUCAGGUGAACGUGGCGAGUAGGAAACCGAGUCUGAGCUCUCGUUUCUUACCCAGCCAUCUGCAAACAACAAGGGUGGGGUGGGAAAUCUUGAGGUGAUAAUGGUUGACUUUUUUGCACUUCUGUACAUAGUCAAAAAAGAAAGAAUCAUGUAUAUUGAGAUCUUAUUUUGAAUAAAAAAAAUAAUGUCUAUCAAGACAAGGAAUUUUGCUAGGAUAACAAAAAAAAAAAAUCUUAUGAAAGGCUGAACAAAAUUGCUUGCAUCAAAAGGGCACCGAGUUCUCACUCUCCUACCCCUUUCAGAAAAGGCCAAGUGUUGCUCUUCUUUUUUGUCAGCAGCUUGUAGUUUGCCAGGUAACCUUCCGGAGGAGGCGUCCACUACCCUCCAGGGUAAGGGCCUGACUGGGUUUGUCUGGUCCCCCAACCCGCCUGUACUGCACAGGUGUGUGUCAUGGCCACGCCCGCCCAGGCCCAACCAAUCACAACACGUCCUGUCUCUUUACUGUACUCAGAGAGGAAUGCAUGUUAAAGGAAAUACAUAUACAGUUUAAAAAAAGAAAUCACAACACAGUAAUAUUGAUUAAGAAAACAUUUACACAGAAAGAUGUAUUUACAGUAUACAAUAUUCUAUCAAUGUAAUGGAAUAAAAUAUAUAUUAAAAAAAUAUAAAAAUAGAAUAGUGGUUUAUUUAAAAAAAAAAAGAUUCCUGAGAAUAUACUCACUGAAGUUUCACCACUUGGAGAGUUAAAAUACAUGCAACACAAACACCAUAGCUAUAAGUAUGUUCUUUAUGUUUAUGUAAGCUGUGCUUCUAGUAGAUGAAACUGACCGAACCCGAUCGUAGUUCAACAUCAGGUCAGAAUUUAAGAAUAACUGCAGAAUGAUAUACUGCUUCGUAGUUUGGUUAUUAACCAGUUAGUUUGAAAUUUUGUCCUGAUCACCUUAGUCAUCUCUCAUCUUCUACAAGCACGCAUGCUUACGUUUAUGAUAUAAUGUAAACUGAACUUUUUUUGGUUUGUCGUUUGUUUUCUCUGCUUGUAGUGCUAAGAUGAUGUAUUCUGUCUUCUGCUGCAGUUUGUUUCUGCUUGUUUUACUGUUCCGGGCCCCCUGAAAGGAUGCGUCAUGUUUGCAUACCAGCCACCUCAUCUGGAAAGCGUGUGUAGAGAAAACUACUGAUUGCAACAGUCUAAAGCCAUAAAAUCCAAUCAUCUGAAUGAAAUAUGAGAAAAAUUAUAAAGAGGUGGGGUGUGGUAUGUUCUGGAUCUCACAGGAUUGUGUUUGCCUUGGUUUUUAUUAACUAUAGCAUCAUGCAAUAAUUCCAGUCAUGGAGGUAGUUAGUAUAGCUUGUGGUGUGCUGUGCCAACACUGAUGGAUGUGUGGAGUUAAGAGAAAAAGUACGUGACCCAUUUUAUUCACGGGGCCUGCAUUGCUAUAUUUGAUUCUUGCUGUUAUGAAUAAAAAAAAUGUAAUAAAAAUUUACAAAUGAA